CAUGGUUUGGAAACCCAAAAGCCAAAGUCAUCAGAAUUAGAAAAAUGAGGACGAUGACCCGAAGCACCGUGACCUCAUCCUUUCGCAUCAAACAUUCAUUCCAAUUUAUUUCCAAACAUCAUCAUCGUCCCUGCUGUUUGCAAGCAGAACAAAUUUGGCAGAGAUUGCUCAAAAAGUAACAGUAAAAGAAAGCAAACAACCACCAUGAUGAGUCCCACGCCCAACAACAGCAACAACCCACCUUCAGGGAGCCGUCCAUCCGCCUUGACAGCCGCUCCCAGUCCGGCUCUGGUCGCUGCAUCCUCAUUGGCUGCUCCCACUCAACCUAACAACAACACCAACACCAACGCCAGCAACGAUGCCUUGGUCUUUAAUAGUAGUACUACUACUGGAGUGGGCUCCGAGACCCUCCAACCCCUCCAACGGCGAUUGAUGAAAGUCCUCAAGGAAAAUGUGGCUAAUAGCCAAAACAGUGUCGCCGAUGUCCAUCUCGUCGGUGACGAUGGUAUCGCGGUUCCAGCACUGCGAUGCAUUCUCAGUUGCACCAGCCCCGUCUUUGAGCGCAUGCUCUUUGGACAAUUCAGUGAAAACAAACUCCAUGCCCACAUUCCCAUUCCAGGAGUCAAUUCGACGGUACUCAAGUGGUUGGUCGAAUACUGUUGCAGCGAUGCCUUGAUUAGUUUUGCCAAUCAACUGUCAGAAACCGACACGCAUGUAACACAACAAGUCACUCACGCCGUCUUGUUGGCCGAAUUGGGAGACAAGUACCAAAUUCCAGGAUUGGAAAUGGCCGUGGUCAAAUUCUUGAAGCAGUGGAUGAAAGACGAUCCACCGUUGGCAUGCAUUGUAUUUGACUUGAGUCAUCGAGAUGUGACACCCCUCAUACGAGCCGCUUCGUGGAAACUACUACUCUCCUCGGAGCAACAAUCCGCAUUGGAAGGCAUUACGGGAUUGUCGGCACCGCGACUCGUAGAACUCUAUCAGCAUGCCACACAGAUUCAAGCGUCGCCCUUGUUCCUCUUGGAACGACUCUUGGAAUGGUACAAUCACCACAAAGAGGAGGAUGACACUGCCGCAACAGCCACGUGUCGAAAAGCAUCCACGUAUAUCCAAUUAUCGGCCAUUGAUCCCGUCAGUCUCCAAACCAUCGUGCGCCGAGCACCCUUUAUGGAUCCCCAACACAUUCUAGAUGCAUUCAUGGAGCAGGCACUCCUGGCACACAACUUGGGGCUUGACUUUUCGCACACCAACUAUCAGCAGGGCGAACAACCCCGGUGUCGACAUGUCCUCAUUCAAGGUGCGGGCAUUGACAAGAUUAAUGGGAUCUACGUACAAGAUGAACCUCCCAUUACGGCACUGAUUCAACAACAAUUCACCAAACGCAACGAGAGUACGGGCGAACAAGUCUUUUUGGUGCAGGGUCGAGAAGAUGGACUGUGGUUCAUUUGUGAUCCGGCACAAUACUACUAUCACUGCAAAUCCCCCGUCGAUGUCCUGCCAUCCACGGGGUGGUCCGUGGUGUCGUCGUCGCAAACGGAUAUUUCUCCCGCGCCGACGUGCAAAUUCUUCUUUUAUCAUAAUCCAGAAGCAGCAGCAGCACUAGCACUAGCCAAUACUACGACUGGUGCUGAUGGUGCUGGGAAACAAGAAAAGAAGAAAAAAGGAGACAGAAAAGUGGCACCGAAUGCGGCUGCCCCUACGAGUUAGCACACAGUAUUUAGCCAGCACACAAGCCACCUACCGUAGCUAGCGUAUUGAUAAAGCGAAUGAUGCAAUCAUUGUGUGUGCGUGUGUUAUAAAAACGGUCCUUGCCAGUUCUGCAGAGCUGGCCUGACAUGGGAUCCCAAUUCCAGGCAGCCACAAGGUCAAAAAUUGGACGAGUUGCAACAUAGUCUAGCUAGUCAGCCAAUCAUUCAAUCUUGCUUUGCUCCGAUGUGCUGUGUUGCAAAACUGGAAAUAGAUUCGACCAGCGGAGAGGACAAAUAAAUGUGGGUAGAGUAAAACAAUGUGUCAAAAUAGUAUAUACAAUUUGCUAG